AUGGAGCAAAAGUUGAGAGGAUGUGGAUUCAAAGACUGGAGCCUAGUCAACCCGGAAGGAACAGCAGGAGGAUUGGUAAUAGCAUGGAAGGAAGGUUUGGAGGUAACAGUUAUCAAUUCUACCCAUUUUUUCAUUACUGUUACAGUUAAAGAUGAGGUCACAAAUCAUGAUUGGUGUUUUCUUGGAGUUCAUUUAAGUACUAAUGACCAGAUUCAAUCACAGCAGUUUGUGGAAUUAUCAUUAAUAUUGCAGCAGGUUCAUGGGAAAGUUGCAAUCAUCAGAGACUUCAAUGCCAUCACAAACCAACGUGAAAAAGAGGGCAAAAAUGAGAAAUCUUCAGCUUCCAUGGCAUGUUUUAAUAACUUUCUUAAUGACUGUGAACUGGUGGACAUUUGUAUGAUUGGUAGGUUGUUCACUUGGUCAAACAGACGAAUAGGAGGAGACCUUAUCAAGGAGAGACUUGAUAGAGUGCUCGCUGGAAAUGGGUGGUUGCAGAAGUACCAAAACGUAGUUGUUCUAAGACUUUCUGAAUCUGGUUCGGAUCAUGCACCACUAUUCCUAGACACAAACCCGAGACAUGAGCAAUCUAAACGCCGAUUCAAAUUCUAG